AUGGGCAACAUCCCACCAUCAGUCAUCCGCCAGCCGCCGCGCCCCCGCCGUAUACCAGCGGCGGACAUUAGGGAAGAAGAAUCGAAGGCAGAGGUCCCGCCGCUCAAAGUUCUAGUUCUACCCGAUGACCAGAUUGAUGGCGGCAAAAGUACUCGAGCCACUCGGACUUAUUAUCUAAGGAGGUGUAAAAGGAAGAGUCCGACGAGCAUAGAGUCUCUACCGGCGGAGCUGUUGUUUGAAAUCCUCUCACGCGUACCGGGCCAAGAUAUUUACGAGGCAAGGCUCGUCUGCCGAAAGUGGUACCGUACAAUCCACAACCGUGAUUUCAUUAACGCACAACUGGGGCACGCAACUUACGGGCUUCUCUUAAGAACCCAAAAACACGAAACCGACUCAUUCUUAAUUCACGCCCGGGGAGGUCGGGCUGAAAUAUCCAAAUUCAGGUGCCAACGUAGGUGCCUGGUUCUUACUAGUUGUAAUGGUUUGAUGUUGGAAUUUGAAAAGAAGAACUUGGAUAAUAUCUACGUCUCGAAUCCCGCGACUGGGCAAAUAUUUGUUCUGCCACCAUAUGUUCGUGGGGUCAAUAGUUUACGGUUAUGGGGAAUAGCAUAUGCUUCAGUCUCCAUGGAGUAUAAAGUGGUUCUGCCUAUUCGUACAGGGCAGUUCAGUAAGGAAAGAUGUUAUAUAUUAACCGUUGGUGUGGAUAAGUCUUGGAGGUCCGUUGAUUUGAGACACCUGUCGAGCGAGGCUACUCGUGCAUUCUGGUCUACUCCGGUGAUCACAGAAGGUUUCAUACAUUGGUUCUGUGUGCGUAGCAACAUGGGCUUGACUCUGAAUGUGGAGACAGAAAUCUUUACAGAGACUCCCGGCCUAAGGCCCAGCCAACACAUUCAUGAGGACCAGACGAAUAUUUAUUUGUCGACUGGGAAGUACUUGUCUCUAUUGCGUCCGUGUGGGGAAUUUUCGUGGCAAGUUUGGGAGAUGAGGCCGGAAAAUGGGGAAUGGAUAAAGAUGGGCAGUUUUUGCCUGGAGUCUCAGAGGCGCAGGUUUAAGCAACUUGGUCUAAUCCUGCCAACCGAGGCUAAUACACGUCUUUUGUCAUUCAGACGACGAACCCAUGUAGUUCCGGUUGGUUGGGUGAAGUACAUGGAGGUGUUGGCCUUGAGUUCUGCGGAUGUGUCCCGGCGCACGAUUUUUAUCUUCAAUCUUGUGACUGGGGAAUUUGAUGAAAUGGAGCUACCUAGCUUUCGUUUAGAUUACAAGAUUAUGAUGCAUAAGAGCAGUUUGGUUUGGUUGUGUGGAUAA